AUGUACCUGGCGGCCGGAUUACUGAACAUCAUGGAUAUAUCGCUCCAGCAUGAACAUCUGCAGGAGUAUCUACAGAGCGUGGCCGCCAUGUCGAACGGGACGCUGCCGUACGGUCUGGGCGGCCCGUUCGGUGCCCUCUCGCCCAACGGCUCCGGACUGCUGCCCGGCAUGGACAAAAAUGGCUCGGAGGUCACCAUCACUGCACCAGGACACACGGACUCAACGGUGGCCGUCAUCAUAGUGUACUGUGUCCUCUUUGUGAUAGCGGCCGGUGGCAAUCUGUCCGUGGUCAUUACGCUGUUCCGUUCCCGUCGCCAUCGGCGAUCGCGAGUUAGUUUAAUGAUAUGUCAUCUGGCGGUGGCCGAUCUGAUGGUGGCGUUCAUCAUGAUACCGCUCGAGGUCGGUUGGCGCAUCACCGUACAGUGGCACGCCGGCAACGUGGCCUGCAAGGUGUUCCUGUUCAUGCGCGCCUUCUGUCUGUACCUCAGCUCGAACGUCCUGGUCUGCGUGUCCCUGGACCGCUGCUUCGCUGUGAUAUACCCACUGCGCGUGUCGGCCGCCCGCAAACGCGGCAAAAUCAUGCUCGGCGGAGCCUGGUUCAUUGCCUUCGUCAACGCUAUGCCUCAGAGCAUCAUCUUCCGCGUGCAGCAGCACCCUCAAGUGCCCGGUUUUACGCAGUGCGUCACGUUCGGGUUCUUCGCCACGCCGGGCCUCGAGACGGCGUACAAUCUGUUCUGCGUGAUAGCGAUGUACUUCCUGCCCCUGAUGAUCAUCAGCGGUGCGUACACUGUGAUCCUGUGCGAAAUCUCCAACCGGUCCCGGGAAAAGGAAACGAGCGAUUCCAACACCCCCGGGACGAUGCGUUUGCGGUGCAACGAUCUGACGCACAUCGAGCGUGCCCGGCAGCGGACCCUGCGGCUCACCAUCACGAUUGUGGUCGUGUUCGUCUGGUGCUGGACACCUUACGUCGUGAUGACGCUCUGGUACAUGUUCGACAGGGAAAGCGCCGCGAAGGUGGACGUUGCCGUCCAGGACGGGCUGUUCCUGAUGGCCGUUUCGAACUCGUGCAUGAACCCGCUCGUCUACGGAUCGUACGCCAUGAAGUGCCGAUUGCCCUGCCGCCGGCGAAACACGCUCGGGGGCGCGCAGACACCGAACGCGGCUCAACGUCGCUCAACAGAUGCAGUUUCCGGCAUCAUUGGACCGCACUCGGACCGGCUGACCGGACGGGACAAUAAGGACGAACUGGUGGUAGCUGACCACCGGAGCAUGACGAUGAAUCAUCUCAACCAAAAUGGUGGCAUUGCGCUGCUGCAACCUACAGCUUCCCUAAUGCGAUCAACCAACGGUGGUCCUGGGCAAGCUGCAGUGGGUUCCGAUGGCCCGGGAACGGCCACCACACGCUUUUACAAUCGGUUUGCAAGCGGAAGCAACGCCGCUAGCACCGGUAACUAUCACGCAAUUACUACCGCCAGUUGUUGCGCCACGACGACGACCACCACACGGCACGCCAAUACACAGCAGGAGCAGCAGCAGCCGCAGCAGAAGAUGCUACUCGUCUCCGCCGGCCCCAGCACCAGUGGCCCCAACCGGAAGGGCAUCGGAAAAGAACACCACUCGAGGACGAGCUACUGGCCCGGGAGCGGCGGCAAGAGCGACCAGCCGAGCUACAGCGAGUUUGCGAUGGUGGCCGACGAGCACUCGCUGAUGCUGUCCCGACCAUCCUUCUACUCGGACCCGACGCCCCACGACUACGACUCGUCGGUUGAGUGCGGUCUCACCCGCAGCCUCGACACCGGCGGCUGGCGAUGA